GACGCCAUUCUGGCCACACUAGUUACUUGCGCCUACCCUCCUGCGCCUCCAUGCGCACGCCCACUCUUCUGCCUUCCAUAUUCCAUCUUCACAAAGCUCUUAACUUCAGAUGAAUAUUUACUUCAAUUUUUAUUUCCUCUCUUUAACGUUUGUAAAAAAAUCUGGGUGACUUCAACGCAUUAGUAUAAAAUUAUCUAAGGAUCUUUGCCCGGGGCCAUCAUCGUAGCCACCCGUAAGGGCACCAUAGAGGGCGUGACGUCAGUUCAAGGACGCCUCGGGGGGUGGAGCAGCCCCAGCGAGGACGUUGUGCCUGGCACUCCAGCGACACCCGAGUAGUCAGACGCCAGCCACCAGCAGCCCCACACCUCUCACGGACGCACCACCACCACACCUCCCACGGACGCACCGCCAGCAUCACCACACCUCCCACGGACGCACCACCACCACCACACUAGAGGCACCGCCUCUCAAGCUUCUUCUUGUGUGUACAUGUGUGUGAGAGCAAGUGUGUGCUAGGAAAAGCAACAGUCAUGUGUACUUGCAGAAUUAUCGUGUGUGUUGCUAUAAUAACCAUUAGGUGUUAUUAAUCAGAUCUCUGGACACGUGUAAUCUUGAUAGUUCUCCCCGCCUGGAGAACUCUUCCAGAGAAACAGUUCUCUCUUGCAAUAUUAGAACCAGAACAAAUAUCGUUCUUUGAGAUUCAGUGAUUUUUUUUUUAGUGCGGUAUUGUGGAAAAAUAAUCAUGAUGGUCUGCGUAAGGACAGUGUCACUGGUGGCGAUUCUAGGAGCCGUCCUAGCCACCUCCUCCCAGCCCGAGGAUCUCCUAGCGCCCAGCAACGACAAUAUUAAGGAAGAGAUCCCGUCACAGGGAGAUGACAUCGUCUCGCGGUUCACCAGACAGGCUGAAAGAGACCCCUACAUCUUCAACCUGUUCGAGGUGCUACUGACUACGCUGGAGACGAAGCUUCGCCGGGUGGAAAACAUGGAUCGUGCGCUGGAGCGACUGGUGCGUCGUCUGGACACCGUGGAGACACGCCUAGCGAUCAACCUCAACACCACCACGCAGAUGGUUCACUUGCUGGAGACGCGACUGAUUGACCCGAGUUCGUUCAGACUUAGCAACACCGACAGCAGCACCGACGGCAGCAGCGGCAGGAGUUCGUCAGACGAGCGUUACAAUAUCAACAGUUUAAUGGAGCAGCGAUUGUAUCUGCUGACGGAGCAUGUGGCGAGGAUCGACACGAAGCUGUCGAGUGUACAGAAGGCGCUCGACACGAACAGCAUCGUCAUGCCUCAGGACGAGCUGGUGGCAGCUGCCUCGGAGAGUUACCGUGUUGGAGUUGAUGUGCCUCGCCUUCAGUCACUUGAGAAGACUCCGGCAUUAGGUCAGCUACAAGAAUCUAUAGAAUCCGUGCGUGAGUCAGUGACCUCAAUGGACCGGCGGCUGCAGUUCCACAUGGCUUACGUGUCCGGAGACCUGGAGCAACUAGCUGGCUCCGUCAGGAACAUUCACACUGCUAUACUGGAGGACCAGACUCCUACCUUCUCCACCACCACAGAGUCAAUCAGGAACGUGACAGGUCCGCCGCCACCUCGCACCAAGAUCGACUCCCUAGUGGACAGGAUGUCGCCCAUGGAGACUGUCUGGGAGAAAAUGGAAGAAGUGUGGGACGUAGUGGUGGGAACCAAAAGCUCUGUGGACGUGUUAGUGCCUAAGAGUGAGGCACUACUCAACACCAGCCAGCGGCAGGAGCGAGCCAUCUCUACCAUACAGUCAGACCUCACCGAGAAGGCCAACCGCAUCAUUCAAAAUCUGGACCAGGUGGAGCAGACGCUGAAGACCAUGCCCCGUGAGGGCUCCAUACAACGUGAUCACAUCAACCCUGUGACCCUACUGCAUCGCUCCACUCAAACCCACCAGGUACAAGACGACACCCCCGCCGACGACCCCCCGGGCGACCUUGUCGACCAGAGCUUCCUGACGGAGCACAACACGAGCGAGGUGAUGACCACAACAGAACGACCAGUUUCCCGCAGUGUUGUGGGACCCUCAGGUGUGGUGUUCCCUUCUGUGCAGAAGAAACCUGUCACUGUCAACACCACCUUCAUCAUCACUGAUCUGAACGAGCAAAACAUUAAGCAAGGCUUCUCGUGCAAUGAUAUGAGAGAUAAGGGCUUGGGGCAGAGCGGUACUUACUAUCUCAAGAUCCGCGGCACCACUUACUGGUUCCUCAAGGUCUUCUGUGACAUGGACACUGCUGGUGGUGGCUGGACGGUGAUCCAGAGGCGCGACGACUACGGUGAGCCUCGGGAGACCUUCAACCGCGAAUGGAACGACUACAAACACGGCUUCGGCAACCCUGAAGCCGAGUUCUGGCUGGGGAACGAGAACAUCUACAUGCUCACCAACACAGACAACUAUAUGCUCAGAGUAGAACUGGAGGACUUCGAUGGGAACAGAAGGUACGCCGAAUACUCCACCUUCAAGCUACACUCGGAGAAAGACAACUACAAGCUGGAGAUCGGUGGGUACUCGGGUAACGCAGGAGACUCCCUCAAUGACCCCUGGUACGGCUCCAACCUCAGCCCCUUCUCCACGGUCAACAGAGACAACGAUCGCUCCAGCCUAAACUGCGCCUCCAUGCUGAAGGGAGGAUGGUGGUGGCGCUCGUGCGGUCGAGGUCUUAAUGGUAUCUACCUCACCGACCCCAACGACCUUACUGCGAGACAAGGUAUCGUGUGGUUCCGGUGGAGGGGCUGGGACUAUACCUUGAAGAAGUCAGUCCUUAUGAUCAGGCCCAAGACGAAGGAGAGACAACCAACUUAAUUAUAGGGAUGCUGCUGCAAGAAUGUGGAGAGAACAAGUCAAGGGUAGAAGACAAUGUAGGGAACGUAAAGAGAAAAACGAAUCGUCCAUUUAACGUAGUCAAGAAAACUGCUGACCGAUAAACUUUUUUGCGGAAAAUUAAAGAAAAUGUAGAAGACUUUUGUAACUUCUCCAAAACAAAGGAGGUUGUAAGCAGAGACUCUUGGAGAAUUUCGUGAUUGCCAUGUCGUCUGCUCCAUCGAGUAAAACAAAAUACAAAAAAAAAUCUGCAAUAUGGUGAUGGCUGGUGCUGGUGACGUUGUCUGGCGACCUCGUGAAGACGAACAUAAUAACGUCAACAAUAUGAAGGAUGGACCUGCUCUCUCCAGUCACUUUUGCUAAGCAUUAAAAAUUUACUACGAGUACUUUAGGAAGAAAGCUAUGUAUAUAUUACGACGGUAGUAAAGUGCAAUACUAAGAUUCUGUCUAAAUACACUGUAUUAUUUUACGAUAGCUAAAGAAUAGUUAUAUAGUUUACUUCCGACUUUAUCAAGAUGAUUACUGGUUUUGGAUUAAGUGCUUUAAAGAACACUAAUGUAGUCCGGUCAACUGGACUUGCACAAGUUUGUGUUGCUUGCUUCUCUAUUGUCUAGGUUACUAUAAUUACUAGUGUAUCCAUGAGUUGGCGCUAAGUCCGUAGGAGUCAUAUAGCGCUUGAGAAAUGAGAAGCAAUCAGUUUCGAUCCAAGUAUGAGAGGGUAGCUACAAUUCCUUGAAUGGAGAGCUCUUUACCAACACAACAUCCCCAUUGACGCGUUUCUCGUCUGAGAAACAGUGGUCAGGAGAGUUGUAGAGGCGGCGUUACCUUGUAUAAAAAUUUAAUGGUUAUAAUCACAUACAUAAUUUUUAAUGGGGUGGAGAGGUAAGCCAGCGGAAGGACUCGGUCAGAUGACCAAAAACUCCAGCUGAGGGUCAUUAUAUGUCUAAGACCCGCGUCAGGAAACACUUAUCCUGCUUCCUGAGAAGUCUUAACCGAAACCUAACGUCUUCUGUUUAUAAAUAGAGAAGCAACAGUGUUGCUGGUGUGUCAAGUUGCAAGUGACUGGACUACGUAGUGUUGUGUCAAGUAUUACGGGACCUGUUCUGUUAUGUGUCUGUGUGUAUAGUCUCUUGCAUGUCUCUUUCUAUAAUAGUUUAGAUAGUGUUAGAUUUAUUUAUUUUUGGUAUCUCUCUACGAAAAUAUUACUUCGUGCGUCCUUGUUCAGCUACACCUACAUACACACACCUACACACACACACACCUACACACACCUACACACACAAACACUUGAACAGUCACACACUAUUGAGUGUGGUUCCUGUAUAUGUGUGAAUUGGUGUAUAUUUACUUAAAUAUACAUGCUGACAUGAUCAUUCUCUUUUUUUAUACAUAUGCGUCUGUACAACAUUAUUCAUGUAUGACUGUGCACUUGUGUAUGAGUUUGCAUUCCUGGUGUAUACAAGACCUAAGGUGUAUUUGUGAGAAUGAAUGUAUUUUUGUGUGUUUUGAGAAGAGUGGUUCCAGCCAGCGCUCUUCACGCCCUCCGCUACUGGUCACACAGGGAGAUAAGUCUUCCUCAUUUAUUUAAUAUAAAUAAAUUUAUAAAUAUAUAUAUAUAUAUAUAUUCUCACCUGUAUAUUUAUGCUUCUGUAGAGCAGCAGUGUAAGCUUUGUACAUGGAGCUUCUUAUGUUCAAUAAUUUUGUAAGUAUAGUUCCCUUCUGACGUUUUGUUAUCUACUCUCUAUAUUAUACACUGUAUAAUCUUCGCUCUACAUAUUACCUUCACUCUAUAUUACAUAAAGUGCGCUAAUAAAACGAGUAUAUUUUUUAGACACGCUUUUCCUUGUUAUAUUUUGUUUAGAAGAUGAAUGAAAAAUGAUAGGUUUGUUGUAGCAGAAAUCUGAGUGUUCUGCUCACUUAAGGAAUACAUUGGUACCACAAGAUGUUUGGGAAUGCUCUGAUCUGCUAACUUAAGAGGCUAUAAUGUAUUUUAGGGGCUCAAGCGAUGGCUGUUGAAAAUUAAUGAAAUACUAUUUCCCGGUAUUGGUGGGGGUUGAACGCAGUGCUGAGCAUCGACGUGUGUAUCUCCGUCACUCGUAGUCUAGCACAGUAGUCCCCGGCCUUUUAGUGUGAACGGAGCAAUUUGAAAAGCCCCAUUUUUUUAUUUUUUUUUUAUUUUUUUACGAAUAAUAGCAAUAUUUUGUAAAUGUUGACACUGCAGUGUGGAGGCUACAUAAUUUGAAUUCAUAAUUUCUUGUAAGGGCCGCAUCCAUUUCCUACAAGGGUCACGGGCGGUCCUCGGGCCCCAGGUUAGGGACCCCUGCUCUAAACUCAACCACGUUCUAAAGGAUUCGGCUAUAUGGCUGAGCAAUAUCAGCUAGCCGUGUUAACACUAAGUGUUGUAAGCAAGAUAUUGUCAUCAGGUCUUCGUAUGUAUGGUGUGUGUUCACUGUGUAACACAAGGUAGUGGAGGCAUUACCUACUGAUGUUCUGAGGAUCAUCGCCCCCUCGGCCCCUACCCAAAUCAGGCCUUUUAAUAAUGACUUGUUCAGUCAGGCUCUUCAUGUUGACUGCACGCAGUUCAAUGUAAGAAGCUCCACAACCUGACUGAUCAGGGAUUGGUGGGAGGAAUUUGUCAAGUUUCCUUUUAAAGACAAAUAUACUGGACUAUUGAUAAUUGUUUUCAACUGAUAAUUGUUAAAGGAAUUUUGGAAAGCCUGUGAGGAGCCCUGGUAGGACGACCAUUCACGCAUUACUAGGUGGUCAUAGUGACGGAGACCAUAGUGAGAAAAUAAUGGUGAUUGUAGUGGAGGUAAUUGUGGUGAGGGUGAUUGUAGUGAAGCAAAAUAUAGUGAGGGAGUGUAUGGAGUGUAGUGAGGGAGAUGGAGAAACAGUAACGUGAGAUAGUGAGGAAGAACGUAGUUUGGGAGGGUGUAGCAAGGGAGUGUGAUGUGUUGUGCUCAGGACUGGUACUAGGCUGCUGCAUACCUCACUGACAACAGAAGACUACUUACACUCAUCUUACUCAAAAGCCUGCAGCCUCACAUUCGUAAUAUUUUUGAGGGCCUUUUUCUUUGGCAUUAAACUAAAAUUUGAGGAUACUGUCGAUUUUCUUUCUCGAAGAGAAUCUUGUUUUUGAUAGUGUACAGUCCAUGUCCAUGUGCUAAAAUAUCCUCAGAUCCUUAGCCUGACGUCCUGCUUCUGCAUAAAAAAAUCCUGAAAGUUGACAUUAUAUUCGAGACUUUAUAUGGUGUCACUUGACAUUCAGUGUUGAAAAAAAAGAGCUUAUGGAGUCAAAAUGUGCUCAUGGUCUAGUGUGGCAAAUACAGGAAAAUGUCUUCACAUGUGUGUUACCGAAUAUUUUUUUAUACCUGGAGUGUUUCAUCAUUUUCUGUGUUUUUGCAAGUGCCUACUGGAAAACUAUAGUUAUCACCAAAGUUUGUCAUGCGAGCGCGACGCUGUCUCUGAUGACAGUAUAUAACUUGUAAUAAUAAAACAUUGAU